GGGAAGCAGAUCGUGACAGGCUAGUUGCAGCGGCGGACUGUAAACAUGGCGGCGUGCAGAGCCACACAGCCGUGCCAAACACCCUGUUACUACUAACCCAGGAGCCCGAGACACCUGAAAAAUGGAGACCGAAGAGGAGCAGCACAUAACGACGCUGCUCUGUAUGGGGUUCCCGGAUCCCGACGUGAUCAGGAAAGCGCUCCGGCUGGCGAAGAACGACAUCAACGAGGCAGUGGCGCUACUAACGAAUGAAAGCCCCGGACUCGGGUAUGGGUAUGAGCCCAUGGAGAGUGGGCCUUCCCCCGGGCUGGGCUCCAGCGGAGAGGGGGAGAACGGCGGGCGGACUGGAAAGGGUGGGUUUGACCCCCCUCCAGCUUACCACGAUGUUGUGGAAGGCGAGAGAAGCAACGAUGAGAAUGGGAACUGCUCUGGCGGCAGUAUGGAGUUUCCCACCACCAACCUGUAUGAGCUGGAGAGUCGCGUCUUCACCGACCACUGGUCUAUACCUUACAAAAGAGAGGAGUCCCUGGGCAAGUGUCUGAUCGCCUCCACCUGCCUGGCACGACACGCGUCUUGCUCUCUGUCAGGUCUUGCCGACGCCGAUGAAAACUGUAAGCGGUUUAUGGAUCGGUGCAUGCCCGAGGCCUUUAAAAAGUUGCUGACCAGCAGCGCCGUGCACAAGUGGGGCACAGAGAUUCACGAGGGGAUCUACAACAUGCUCAUGCUGCUGGUGGAGCUGGUAGCUGAGAGGGUGAAGCAGGACCCAGUACCCGUAAAUUUGAUGGGAGUUCUGACUAUGGCCUUGAACCCUGAUAAUGAAUACCAUUUCAAGAACCGCAUGAAGGCGUGUCAGAGAAACUGGGCGGAAGUUUUUGGGGAUGAAGCCAACAUGUUUGCUGUCUCUCCUAACACCUAUCAGAAGGAGCCUCACGGUUGGUUGGUUGACUUGGUUAACAGAUUUGGAGAAUUAGGAGGAUUCACUGCCAUCCAGACGAAGCUGAACUCAGAGGAGGUGGAGAUUGCUUCUGUGUCCGCUCUGGUCCAGCCUCUUGGAGUUUGUGCCGAAUACUUGAACUCGAGCCUCGUCCAGCCUAUGCUUGAUCCAGUCAUUCACAAGAUGAUCACGUAUGUGCAGAACCUGGAGGAAAAGGACCUCAAAGAUAAGCGUUUGGUGAGCAUCCCAGAGCUGCUGUCAGCCAUCAAGCUGCUGUGCAUGAGGUUCCAGAGGGAGCUGGUGGCUGUGGUGGACGACCUGCGGCUGGACACGUUGCUGCGGAUGCUCAAAACCCCCCACUUCUCCACUAAAAUGAACUCUCUCAAAGAGGUGACCAAAUUGAUUGAGGAGAGCACAGUGUCCAAAAGUGUGAAAAACGCCAUCGACACGGACAAACUGCUGGACUGGUUGGUGGAGAACUCUGUCCUGUCAAUAGCGCUGGAAGGUAAUAUUGAUCAAGCUCAGUACUGUGAGAGGAUUAAGGGAAUCAUUGAGCUCCUGGGCAGUAAACUAUCGCUGGACGAGCUCUCCAAGAUCUGGAAAAUACAGGCAGGCCAGUCAUCUACGGUGAUAGAGAACAUUCAUACAAUCAUUGCUGCGGCUGCUGCCAAAUUCAGCUUCGAUCAGCUCACCCAUCUCUUCAUCCUCAUCCAGAAGAGUUGGGAGGUUGAGAGUGACCGCGUCAGGCAAAAACUGCUGAGUCUGAUUGGAAGAAUAGGCCGGGAGGCUCGCUCUGAAGCCACGACUGGAAAGGUGUUGGAGGUGCUGUGGGAGCUGGCACACCUUCCCACCCUGCCCACCAGUCUGGUGCAGCAGGCUCUGGAGGAACACUUGGGAAUCCUGAGUGACGCGUAUGCUGUCAAAGAGACCGUCAAACGCAGUUACAUCAUAAAAUGUAUUGAGGACAUUAAGAAGGCGUCUCAGCAGAGCAGUCCUCAGGCCGUUUGGGUUGUUCCUGCUCUCCGGCAGCUGCAUGAGAUCACCCGUUCUUUUAUCAAGCAGACCUAUCAAAAGCAAGACAAGAGCAUCAUCCAGGACUUGAAAAAGAACUUUGAAAUCGUCAAGCUGAUCACAGGAUCCCUGGUGUGCUGCCAUAGACUCGCUGUAACUGCCUCUGGUAAUAAUGGCCUCUCCAGCUCAACUCUGGUGGAUGGGAGAUACACCUAUCAAGAGUACCUGGACAGCCACCUACGCUUCCUGGCUUUUUUCCUCCAAGAGGCUAGCCUUUACCUGGUCUGGAACAGAGCCAAAGAGCUCUGGGAGUGCCUGGUCUCAGGGGCGGAUGUUUGUGAACUUGAUCGUGAGAUGUGUUUUGAGUGGUUUACCAAAGGACAACAUGACCUGGAGAGUGAUGUACAGCAGCAGCUGUUUAAAGAAAAGAUCCUUAAACUGGAGCCCUAUGAGAUCACCAUGAACGGAUUUAAUCUGUUCAAGACUUUUUUUGAGAAUGUCAACCUGUGUGACCAUCGCCUGAAACGCCAGGGAACUCAGCUGUGUGUUGAGCGCCUUGACCUGGCGGGCAUGGACUUUCUGUGGCGUAUUGCCAUGGAAACUCCUGAUGAAGAGAUAGCCAAUGAAGCAAUCCAGCUUAUUAUCACAUACAGCUAUACCAACCUCAACCCUAAAAUGAAGAAGGAUUCCGUCUCUUUGCACAAGAAGUUUAUUGCUGAUUGUUACAAGCGACUGGAGGCUGCAAGUUCGGCACUCGGUGGGCCUACUUUAACGCAUGCUGUUACUAAGGCAACCAAGAUGCUGACGGCCACUGCCAUGCCGACGGUGGCCACAUCUGUACAGUCACCUUCCAGGUACAGAGGGGGGUUUGGAUCCACAAAACUGGUGAUAAUAGAAAGACUGCUGCUAUUGGCUGAACGCUACGUCAUCACUAUAGAGGAUAUGUACUCAGUUCCUCGCACUAUUCUACCUCACGGUGCCUCCUUUAAUGGCCACCCUGUUGCUCUUCACAUUGUUUAUGAGUCAACCAAAAACACCUUCACCUUAGAGACCCACAGUAAUGAGACGGUAGGAAAUAUCCGCUGGAAGAUCUCGGAGCACUUGAGCUGUCCAGUGGACAAUGUCCAGAUUUUUGCCAAUGAUAGUGUGCUGACUAUGAACCGGGACCAGAAGCUCCUGUCCCAGCUGGGCUUUCGUGACGAGCAGAGUCUGACAGUCAAGAGCUCCAGCUCGGGAACUCCAUCGGGGAGCUCAGAGUCUUCGGCCUCUGCCUCCAGCAGUUCCAGCUCUGCGGUCUUUAACUCCGCCUACGCCUUGGAGCAGGAGAAGUCGCUGCCUGGGGUGGUGAUGGCUCUGGUUUGCAAUGUGUUUGAAAUGCUUUAUCAGCUUGCCAACCUGGAUGAACCAAGGAUCACUCUUCGGGUGAGGAAGUUGUUGCUUCUAAUUCCAACUGAUCCUGAAGUGCAAGAUGCCCUCGACAACUUUGUUCCCAAAGAAUCCAGCGUGUGGAGCCACCAGAAAACACUCUUCACUCUGGGCCAAGGAUCAGGCUCUCGCUCACCGUCUAUGACCUCCAAGCAGCAGCAUCAACCAAGUGCUGCAUCCAUCCUUGAGUCCCUUUUUAGAUCUUCUGCUCCUGGCAUGUCCACUUUCCGAGUGCUCUACAACCUCGAGGUGUUGAGUUCAAAGCUCAUGCCCACUUCUGAUGAUGAGAUGGCCAAAACCAGCAGCAAGUCCUUCUGUGAUAACUUCCUCAAAGCAGGAGGCCUCAGUCUGGUGGUGAAUGUUAUGCAAAGAGAUUCCAUCCCAUCAGAAGUGGACUAUGAGACCAGACAAGGGGUCUACUCCAUAUGUCUUCAGCUAGCAAGGUUCUUGUUGGUGGGUCAGAGCAUGCCCACAGCUCUGGACGACGAUGUUGUCCGGGACGGCGAGGCUCUGUCCUCUCGGCCGUUCCGAAACGCGGGGCGGACGGGGCGCCAGCUGUCUCUGUGUGGAACUCCGGAGAAGGCCUCGUACAGACAGAUGUCUCUGUCUGAGCGCUCAUCCAUACGAGUCGAGGAGAUCAUCCCCGCGGCUCGAGUGGCAAUUCAGACCAUGGAAGUGGGUGACUUCACCUCCACCGUGGCCUGUUUCAUGCGCCUGACCUGGGCAGCCGCAGCGGGGCGACUGGACCUGGUUGGCAGUCCACAGCCAAUCAGAGAGACCCAUAGCUCACUUCUGCCACAGGGAGUUCGAACGAGAGUCAGCAGCACCGGCAGUAACUGCAGCUCGAGCAGCGAAGGGGAAAGUACUCCGACAACACUGCAUGCUGGGAUAUGUGUCAGACAGCAGAGCGUCUCCACCAAGGAUGCCAUCAUCGCUCGAGAGGCUCUGUCGCUGCUGGUUACCUGUUUGCAGCUUCGCUCCCAGCAGCUGACUUCCUUCUACAGCCUUCCUUCUGUCAGCGACUUCAUUAUUGACAUUCUGCUGGGAUCCCCCAGUGCAGAGAUUCGCCGUGUUGCUUGUGAUCAGCUGUACACCCUGAGCCAGUCAGACACUUCAGCCUUUCACGAAGUUCAGAAACCCAACUUGUUCCUGCUUUCGGUCAUCCUCACUGCUCAGCUUCCCUUGUGGAGUCCCACAUCUGUCAUGAGAGGUGUCAACCAGAGGUUGCUGUCACAGUGCACAGAGUACUUUGACCUCAGAUGCCAGCUCCUAGAUGACCUUACCACCUCAGAGAUGGAAGUGUUAAAAGUGAGUGCAGCCACCAUGCUGGAGGAUGAAAUUUCCUGGCUGGACAAUUUUGAGCCCAGCUGGAGCUCUGAGAUGGAAACCAGCGAGGCUGAUAACAUUCUGCUGGCGGGGCACCUCCGGCUCAUCAAGACGCUGCUCUCGCUCUGCGGCAAAGAGAAGGAGCAUCUCGGCCCGUCUCUGAUCCAGCAGUUGUUGGACGACUUCCUGUUUCGAGCCUCGCGGAUCAUCAUCAACAGUUCCAACCCAGCACCUUCACCCACCCCCAACUAUGACUUCCACCCAAAGUGCAGCACAGCGAGCAGCAGACUGGCAGCUUAUGAGGUGCUGGUGAUGCUAGCAGACAGCUCUCUGUCCAACCUGCGCCUCAUCACCAGGGAGCUGCUGUCCAUGCACCACCAGUCUGACCCUUCCCUCUGCAAGGAGUUUGAUUAUCUGCCGCCCGUGGAGAGCCGGUCAGUUUCUGGCUUCGUGGGACUGAAGAACGGAGGCGCCACGUGUUACAUGAACGCCGUGUUCCAGCAGCUUUACAUGCAGCCCGGCUUGCCUGAGGCCGUCUUAUCCAUCGAGGAUGACACGGACCAGCCAGAAGAAAGCGUCUUCCACCAGGUCCAGUCUCUGUUUGGUCAUCUGAUGGAGAGCAAGCUGCAGUACUAUGUGCCAGAGAACUUCUGGAAGAUCUUUAAAAUGUGGAACAGGGAGCUCUACGUCAGAGAACAGCAGGAUGCUUACGAGUUUUUCACCAGCCUGGUGGACCAGCUUGAUGAACAUCUCAAGAAAAUCGGCCGAGAACAAAUAUUUAAGAACACAUUUCAGGGAAUCUUUUCCGACCAGAAGAUUUGUAAAGAUUGUCCACAUCGAUACGAGCGAGAAGAAACAUUCAUGGCUUUAAACCUGGGGGUGACUUCCUGCCAGAGUCUGGAGAUCUCACUGGACCAGUUUGUCAGAGGAGAAGUGUUGGAGGGCAGCAACGCAUACUACUGUGAAAAAUGCAAAGAGAAGAGGACCACAGUGAAGCGGACAUGCAUCAAAUCGCUGCCCAGCGUCCUCUGUAUUCACCUCAUGCGCUUCGGCUUCGACUGGGAGAGCGGGCGCUCCAUCAAAUAUGAUGAGCAGAUUCGGUUCCCCUGGGUGUUGAACAUGGAGCCCUACACGGUGUCUGGAAUGGCUCGUCAGGACUGUGGAGGAGAGGGUGGCGAGGGGCGAGGUGACGGGGCAUCAGGAGGCUCGCCCAGGAAGAAAGUUACCAUUUCAGAGAACUAUGAGCUGGUGGGGGUGGUGGUGCACAGCGGCCAGGCACAUGCCGGACACUACUACUCCUUCAUCAAAGACAGACGAGGGAGCAGCCGCGGCCGCUGGUACAAGUUCAACGACAACAUGGUGGAGGAGUUUGACAUGAACGACGAAACCCUGGAGUACGAGUGCUUCGGCGGAGAGUACCGCCCCAAAGUUUAUGACCAGUCGAACCCGUACCCCGAUGUGCGCAGGAGGUACUGGAACGCAUACAUGCUGUUCUACCAGAAGAUCAGCGAUCAGAACUCGCCUGUUCUCCCCAAGAAAAGCAGAGUGAGCAUCAUGAGGCAGGAGGCUGAAGAUCUGACGCUGUCUGCCCCGUCCUCCCCAGAUGUCUCCCCUCAGUCCUCUCCUCGCCCCCCGAGAGCCAACAAUGACCGGCUGACCCUCCUCACCCGUCUCGUUCGCAAGGGGGAGAAGAAGGGACUGUUUGUGGAGAAGAUGCCUGCCAGCAUCUACCAGAUUGUGAGAGACGAGAACCUGAAGUUUAUGAGGAACAGAGACAUCUACAACAGCGAUUACUUCAACUUCAUGCUUUCCCUGGCCUCAGUCAAUGCAACCAAACUAAAGCACGCUGAUUACCAGCCCAUGGCCAAAGAAAGUCUCCAGCUGGCUGUUCACUUUCUCUUCCACACCUACCUGCACACCAAAAAGAAGCUCCGGGUGGACACGGAGGAGUGGAUGGCCGCCGUGGAGGUGUUGCUGACGAAGAGCAGUGAGGCGUGCCAGUGGAUGGUGCAGUACUUGGUUGGACCAGAAGGACGAGAAAUCAUCAGGGUCUGUCUGCUGGAGUGCAGCGUGCGAGAGGUGAGGAUUGUGGUCGCAUCCAUCCUUGAAAAAACUCUGGAGAGCGCGCUGCACUUCGGUGACCCCGGGCUGGACAGUCUGACGGACGCCCUGCUCUCCUUACUGGACAAAGACGUUCCCGAGAAUGUGAAGAACUGCGCGCAGUACUUCAGCCUCUUCAGCAACUUUGCUCAGAGGGGGGGGAGUCCCUGCCAGCUGCUGCUGAAGCACGCCGCCUAUCGCCGGAUGCUCGUCUUCCUGCUGGGCUCCAACAGGCAGAACAACCAGAACCGGCGCUGGAGUCCGGCUCAGGCUCGGGAGUUCCUUCACCUCCACAGCACCCUGGCCCUCAUGACGGUGCACUCUGACCUCACGUCCCAGCGGACGCAAGCCCCUGGGGGGUUUGUGCUGCGACAGAGCAGCGUCCCGUCAUCGCUCCUCCCUCUCCAUCCGGACAUUCUCGCUUCGCUCUUCACUCCCGAAGGACAGCCUUACCUUCUGGAGGUGAUGUUCGCCAUGCGGGAGCUGUCCGGACCUCUGGCUCUGCUGAUGGAGAUGGUGACCUACAGCUCGUUCUGUAACGAGCCCUUCUCUCUGGGGGUGCUGCAGUUACUGAAGACCCAGCUGGAGACGGCGCCGCCUCAUGAGCUGAAGAACGUCUUCCAGAUGCUGCAGGAGCUGCUGAUGGUGGAAGACCCGCUGCAGGCCCAGAGGCUCAAGUAUGCCUUCGAGUCGGACAAAGGGCUGCUGGCUUUGAUGCACCAGAGCAACAACUUGGACAGUCGGCGCUGCUACCAGUGUGUGAAGUUUUUAGUCACAUUAGCUCAGAAGUGUCCUCAGGCCAAGGAUUACUUCAAGGACUUGUCCGGUCACUGGAGCUGGGCGGUGCAGUGGCUGCAGAAAAAGAUGACGGAACAUUACUGGACUCCUCAGAGCAACGUCUCCAACGAGACGUCCACCAACAAGACCUUCCAGCGCACCAUCUCUGCACAGGACACGCUGGCCUACGCCACAGCCCUGCUGAACGAGAAGGAGCAGUCCGGCAGCAGCAACGGUUCCGACGGCAGCCCGGCAAACGAGAACGCGGACCGCAGCCUCCGACAGGGGUCCGAGUCCCCCAUGAUGCUCGGCGACUCAAAGAGCGAUCUUGAGGAUGUGGACCCCUAACGGGCAGGAUCCCUCCAAAGGAGAGGCAGCGCGGGCCCAGGCAGCCCGUGGAAGCAGGCUGCACUCCACCUCUGAUUGGGCAGGACAAUGAGCAGGCCAAUCAGAACUCUUUAUCGCAGUCGCCAUGGCAACCAAGGAGCUAUGAAUACACAUGAACUACUUCCUUACAGAGCAGCCGAGGCGCUGAUGGAGACGCAUUAUCAUUAAGGGCAGCGGAGUUGAUUAAGGUGAAACAUGCAGAUGUCCUUCCACACAAUCACGGAUGACUUUGAGUUUAUCCUUUUAACGGUUCAUUCACUGGGAAUGACGGCGAGGUGGAGGACGGGUUCGGGUUGUGUUUUAACAAUUUUUUCUGCUCAUAUUUGCCAAUGUUUUCGCGCAGACAUUUUCACUGUUGUAUGAUUUCCGGUGCGUCAGCUUACUGUCAUGGCGGCCGUGCCCUGAGCUGCGCGGGAAGAACUGACCUACAGCCUCUGUACGGAAACUCCUCCACACACGAGCACUUGACAGAGGUGGGGUUAAGGAUGCACUUUACAGUCCAGCUUAGUGUGAAGUACAGGAGCCUGGGUCAGUUCCUCCAGAGCUCCGGUCCUCUUCGUCUUUUGCUUUUAACUCUUCGUCUUUGCAGUGCCACUCUGAUAGCCAGCCACUUUUUCUGGGACUUAACCUUUGACCCGUGGUGUUGCCAAGGGGACACGACAGGAUGUGUGUCUCAGAGCAGAUCUGUGUCGGUCAGCAGAUCCGGGGGGAGCGGUGCCGCCCGCGCUCAGCACUCUCCGCAUGUGCCGGGUUUAUCCUCCUCAUCCAAUCCUCGCUUUUCUUUGAUGCUGGAGAGCCUCCUUAGGAACGUCAGCCUUAUGCAAGAAGAAGCUGAUCUUGAAGGUCGGUCGUAGCGGUCCGUCGGUGUCGCCGGGGGGCGGAGUUCAGGAGCGCGUUUCCUUUUUUUUAGGUGCCAAGGUUACACACACACACAAAGAAUGACACACUAUGAAAAAGUUAUGAAAAAUAAACAGACAAGUGUGUGUGUCACUCAUUCUGUGGUGAAUGCGGCGUUGGCGUCACGGUUACCUCUGCUUCAUCCGAUUCUUUUCCAGUCAAAGGGUUUUCUUUGCUUUGCCUUUCGGAUCCCAAACGCGGAGCUUCAUCCCAAUGCAGCUCCGGUUCUCUGCCGUGCCGUCGUCCCCGUCGCUGGGAUCGGGAGUCGGAAAGUGCCUUAACCUCCCGAUCUCCACGCCUCUCCUCUUCUGACCACUGGCCCAGUGAGGUGCCGCCGCCGGUCUCACGUGGAAGGGGGCGUGGCUGUGCGGCUGCAGGAGGCUGUCGCACAGGUUUCAGGACGGGAUGAUGGGAAAAAUGCUGCUUGUGUUCACGCUGCGGUCAAACUUUAGAUGCUGACGUAGUCUAGGUAGUCUUACUGAAGUCACACUUGCAUAUUGCAACGGCGGUUUCUGCGGGUCCGUCUUCAGCUUUAACAGGUUCAGUGUUUACCGCGCGAGGACCUACAGGACGGAGCGGCGGUGCAGACGGGACCGUCGCUGCUCCCUCAGCCCCAGCUCUGUGGCAUUAGCUGGGCCUGUGGCAUUGUGCUCCAGCACGUUUGGUGGUAACGAUGGUCAUGUGAUGGGGGGGGGGACCCCUUCCCCCUUUGUGGUCAUUUGCACUUUCUGUCACGAACAUGCUCCUCCUUCCAGCGGCGUUUGUGCUGGAUGCAAGUCUGCCGAGCAGCACUUGGCAACCUGGGUUGCAUCCACUGCAGACUCCUGUCAGUCCUACAUCACCACGGCAACUUAAGGGGGGGCUUCAAUCAAUCAAUCUUGUUUUAAUUCUGGAAUGCAGGGAGGGACGAGUGGGCGGGAAUAGCGUCUAUACGGGUUUUUACUGUUCUUGGAUUUUGAGAUUUCACCUCCAACGUGGCAGGAUCCUGUAAUGCAUGUUACCACGCAGUUUUAAUUUGUACAUCAGAGUUUGAUUAAGCGGAAAUUUGAUACAAAAUAAACUGGAAUGCACAAAC